CAAUGUCAUUCACAUCUGACAGGUUUAGAGGGGUGCCAUGCGGAAACGUGAUGGCGGCAGCAUCAUCAGCAGUGGCAGAUGCAAAGAUGGCCGAUGCCCAGAGUUCAGCCUCCCUCAGUACGAAGGUGGGGCUCCCCCAGGCUGCGCCCCAAAUGCCAACGGACGCGCCCCAAAUGCCGACGGACAGGGCGGACGGCACCGCGGGCCCCGGGCCUGGCGGGGGGGAGCACGCGGGCGGUGGUGGCCGGCAGGAGGCGGCAGCGCUGCUGGUGGCGCAGCAGGCGGAGGUGAUGGAGCAGCUGCUGCAGCUGCAGCGCGUGCUGGAAGUGCAGACAGAAUGCACGGGGCGCCACGCACUGGAGGAGGAGGUGGCAGCGCGCGUCCUGGGGGACAGCGCAGCCUGGCAGAAACCUGCAGAGGAAUUGCCAGCGCCCGCCGCCAAGGCCCUGGAGGAGGCGUUCUCGCUCAAGGACAGCGUGACCAAGGCGGAGGCGCGCGACCUGGGCACUGUGCUGGGGAUCACGCCGGGGCAGGUGAAGGACUUCUUUGUGGCCCACCGCGCCCACACGCGCGCCUGGCUGCGCAGCAUGCACCCAGGGGCCCUCAAAGGCAGGCCACAGCGGGGCGCACACAGCAACAGACCGCCCCAAGAUAGACAAGCGGGGCCACCCGGCAAGGAGCCUGGGUCUGACAGGGGCAAAGAGGCACCAGGGGCCAAGGCAGAGGUCCUGGCCAGAGUGGAGAAAGAAGAGGGCGGAAGAGAGGGGUUAGGCACCAAGAAAGGGGGGUUUACUGCUUUGAAAGGUGUGGCAGAGUCGCAGGGCGCAGAAGUUGGGCUGCCAGGCCCCAGCGUGGCGGGUGGCCUCAUGGCGGGGGGCGACGAGGGCGCUGCAGGGCGCCUGAGUGGGCAGGAACACAAUCCUGAGCAGGACACAGCCAAGGCAGAGUCCCAGGAAAAGGAGCCCCAGUCUGGUGCGCAACCCUUGCAACCUGCAGUGGGGCUGUUGGCAGCCGAACAGCUUGUCCGGGUUGCUGACACAACGGGCGGGGCUAAACCGAAUGCUGACGGGCUGGAGCCUGUUUUGGACCACCUCCCACAGCUGGAUCCGAUUGCUGUGGGGAACGCCAGUGAGGCUGCUGUCCAGGCAGGGCAUAGCGCCCGCGGGCCCCCUGCGGAGGGGCACACCAAAAAUGGGAGCAGGUCUGCGGGGCCGCCGCCUGAGAAGGCCCUGCCCCGGGAACCGUUCCAGCCGCCGCAGCAGCCGCGAGGCAUCCUCAUCGACCUAAAUGCGCCCCCCGAGGACCUUGCCGAGGAGACGCCAGGCGGGGACUUUAGCACCAGCAUUCCUAAAGGCAUGACCUGGAGCGCUGUCUCUCCAGCAGGGAGCAGCCCGCAAGAGACAGCAGCGCUGGCUCUGGGCGCCCCCGCCAGGUGGGCGGCAGCAGGCGCCCCCCGUGGGGCGCAGCCGCAGGCAGCGGAGGUGCGCGGUGUGCUGGCUCUGGGCGCUCCUGAGAAGCAGACGGGGGCAGGGCUGGCGCGGAGGGUGCAGCCGGAGGCAACGGACCUGCGGGGGGCGCUGGCGCAGCUGGUGGGGGCAAGGGGGGCAGGGCACGCGGAAGAGGAGGGGGCAGCCCGCUGGUCACGUGUGAUGCGCAGGGAGAGCAGCGUGGCGGGGCGGCUGCAGGUCCUGGAAGCGCUCGCCAGGGGCCGCAAGCGGGUGGUGCAGGCUCGGCUGCUGGACGGCGCUGGCCUGUUGCUGCUGCACCAGUGGCUGGUGGAAGCCUACAGCGAGGAGCAGACCACCCUGCUGCGGGCCCUGCUGCAGGUGUUGGCGCUGCUCCCCCCUCGCCCCAUCGAGGCGUCUCCCAUUGCGCCGUUGGCCAGGACGUUGCUCAAGGUCACCCGCUACUUUGUUCCAGAUGUGGCGGCACUGGCACGGCAGCUGUUGGUGUGCUGGAAGCGAGGGCGCGCACCUGACUUUGCGCAGAAAAGCGGCCACCUUCUGGCGGUUGCACGCCAACCAGGGCCCCAGCCUGGUUCCGGCCCUGUGCCGCCUAUAUCGGAAGCCACGGCGCCGCCAAAGAUCGCCUCACCUGUCGUGGUAGAGAGGCGAGAUGCUCCGCCCCCUUCUCUUGUGCGAGCUUCUCUCCCAUUGCGAACCAGCGCCGCUCCUCCUGUGGCCGCGCUGGCAGCCCCCCCUUCCCCCAAGCGUGGCCCCCGCUCCGGCCCGCCUGGCCGUACCUUGCCAGGCCCCUCCGGUGUGGCUGCCAAGCGGGCAGGCUCACCCCUGGGACCACCCCCCGCGAAACAACCUCGGCACGGAGACAGGCCUGAGCAGCAGGGGAUGGGGCGGACUGGGGGAAAGGGUCGGGGGGACGGGCAGAGGGGGGGCAAGUUCGCCGAGCUGUUGCGGCGAGGCCGUCAGCGCGACAGCAACGGCACAGAGGUGGCGGCGCUGCUGCAGGACGCAGUGGCGGUGCGGGGCGGGGCGGGAGAGAAGCCGCUGUCGGCGGACGACAUCCUCAAGGCCAAGGCGCGCGAGCAGCUGAUCCGCCAGAUGCAGGGCAGGAACGGCAGGGCGGCCGAUCAAAGGAGCCGCGCCAGCGGAGGCGCCCGAGGAGACGGGCAGGCCCGCGUUAGCAGGCUGGCAGGAAAUGGCGGGACAGAACGGCCUUUUGGGGCGGACGGCAGGGAAACAACGACGGCGCAGCAGGAGCGGCUCCCAGAACAGGGAGCACCUCACGCACAGGCAGCGGCGGCCGCAUCUCACAGUGCGGGGCCAGUGCACGGGAAUGGGGGCCCGCCGCUUCCAACGACGACUGAGAGCGCGUCCUCGGUAAUUCAAGGGACCUGGACCCCUGACCCAGGCUACGACGGGGGCGCUCUGCCUGGCGCUAGGCUCGCGUCCAACAGCGCGGGGCCUCUGGCUCUCGACGUGGCCGCCAUCAGCGCUCUGGCACAUGCGCUGCAAGUGGCGACCCCUCCCACGCAGCCAGGCCCCAGCGCGCCGCCCCCGGCCAGUGCUGUGCCGAGUCGUCAGCCCGUGGUGCAGCCGGCGCACGUCGCUGCCGCGCGGCCGGCGAACCCGCUGCUGGCGCAGCUGGUGGCGGAGAUGGAGCGGCAAAAGCGACGCGAGGCGGAGCGGCGAGAGAGAGAGGGGCCCCACGCGGCGCUGUCGGCAGAGGCGCAGCAGAGCGCGGCCCUGCUGCAGCAGUUGGAAGCACACGUGACAGCGCUGCUGGCCCAGGAGAGGCGCAGCGCCGCUCCGCAGAAGGGGGGCGAGGGUGGGGCGUGGGCGCGCGCAGUGGCGCUCAUGGAGGACCGCGCCAUCCCGUGGCAAGUGCCGCCAGCAGUGUGGCUGGACCCGGCCUGGAGCGUCCCCGCGGGCGAGGACAGCGAGGAAGCCUCGCGCCGCACCCACGAGGCGGCGGCCACGCUGGCGGCAGUGUACCCCAGUGCGGCGCUCAUCCCGGACCAGCCGCGCGCGCCGCCGGUGAGCGAGCCCGAGAGCGACGACGCGCUGACGCCCGAGAUCACCACGCUCGACCUGAAGCAGCAGCAGCAGCAGCAGCAGGCGGCGGCAGAGGCUGCGGGCGGCGUCGGGGACGGGGAGGAGGACGCGGAGUACCAGGCCGCGCUGGCGGAGGCGUACGGCCCGGCGCAGGAGCCAGCGCGGAGCAGCAGCGGCGCAGCAGAUGCCACUGUAGGGCGGCAGCCGUCGUACGGUCACGAGUACGUCCAGGAAGCGCCUCGUGCCGCUCCUUUCCGGGCAGCCGAAGGAGCGCUGGGCCGCUGGGGACGCUCCCCGGGUCCUCCACUGUGGGCCGAAGCAGCGGCCAGGCCCACCGGCCGGGGGUACCUGCCGCCCCGGCCAGGCACCUUCGGAGCAGCGCCAUCCGCCCCUCCACACUAUUUGAGCCCCCCUGCGCAUCAAAGCUGGCCACGCGGGCCGCAGUAUGCGCGGGGACGAGCCCCUCUAGACAGGACACAGACAAGCUACGCAGGACAGAACAGCAGACCGGCAGGCCCACAGUAUGGCACACGACCAGGGCGCAAUAGCUGGCGGGGCUGGUAAUAAGCCAGCCGAGGACAAGACUUAGCAAAUGCAUAGAUCCGGAGGGUGAGAAUCCAACUUGUCAUGGUCCUCUCAUGACUCGUCUUAUUUCAUAUCGCCAGUUGAAGUUCUAAUGUAGAGGUGAAAGUGAACCCGUUACUAUCCUG